UUCUGAAAUAUUAAGCUUACUGACGUGUCUGUUGAGUUCCGAGGUGUUCAGCCCUAGUGGAGCUUCUGUUGUUAUUAUGCAUUCGUAGAGGUAUUUUAUUUGGUGUGUGCGUGUUUUUAAAUGAUGAUUUUUUAACAUCUUCUUGUGUGUCGGCUACCCGAGGCGGGUCGGUGUGAAUGGCCCGCUGCCCUAUUUCUAUUACGUUGAAAAAACGGGAACUAAUUACGAAACCAAAUCCACUAGGGAUGGACCCGCGGGUGGCCGAACUGUUUGGAUCAGGCGCCGGUCUCAUGUCGGCGGCACCAAUGCACGGACCAGGCUCGGUUAACGGCCUUGGGUUGCUGUCCAAAAAAACGGGCUCCAAAAACGGCAAAAAGGCGAAGAAUCGAGCGACGCGAAACACCAAAUCUAACAAGAACCCACCAUAUCUACCUCCCGAGGCUGAAGAAGGAAACAUAGAGUACAAGCUAAAGUUAGUUAACCCUACACAAUAUCGAUUUGAGCAUCUGGUGACGCAGAUGAAGUGGCGACUUCAGGAGGGCCGUGGAGAGGCAAUCUAUCAAAUUGGCGUGGAGGAUAAUGGCUUACUUGUAGGCCUUUCUGAAGACGACAUGCGAGCAUCUCUUAAAACUCUACGCAGAAUGGCUGAGAAAGUUGGUGCUGACAUCACAGUGUUGCGAGAAAGGGAGGUGGAUUAUGAUUCAGAUAUACCCAGAAAAAUAUCGGAGGUUUUGGUACGAAAAGUACCAGAUGACCAGCAGUUUUUAGACUUGAGGGUGGCCGUUCUUGGCAAUGUUGACUCUGGAAAGUCGACUCUUCUUGGUGUACUGACGCAGGGAGAAUUGGAUAAUGGACGGGGACGUGCACGCCUUAAUCUGUUCAGACACCUUCAUGAAAUUCAGUCAGGCAGGACCUCAAGUAUCAGCUUUGAGAUCCUCGGCUUCAACAGCAAAGGGGAGGUAGUCAACUAUAGCGAGUCAAGAACUGCAGAAGAGAUCUGUGAAAGUGCUUCCAAGAUGAUCACUUUUAUCGACCUGGCCGGACAUCACAAGUACCUAAAAACUACCAUUUUUGGCCUCACCAGUUACUGCCCAGACUUUGCUAUGCUGGUUGUUGGAGCAAACACAGGCAUAGCUGGCACAACACGAGAGCACUUGGGUUUGGCCAUGGCUCUUAAGGUGCCCAUCUUCAUUGUGGUCAGCAAGGUGGACCUGUGCAGCAAGAGCACCACAGAGCGCACAGUUAAGCAGCUAGAGAGGAUUCUGAAGCAGCCGGGCUGUAAUAAGGUGCCAAUGGUGGUGGAUAAUGCUGAUGAUGCAGUCACUGCUGCCCAGCAGUUUGCUCAGUCGCCCAGCAUCACUCCCAUCUUCACACUGUCUAGUGUUUCUGGGGAAAACUUAGAUUUGCUAAAGGUCUUCUUCAACAUCCUGCCACCCCUGAGCAACAGCAAAGAACAGGAGGAGCUCAUGCAGCAACUCACCGAGUUUCAGGUUGAUGAAAUCUACACCGUACCAGAUGUUGGGACCGUUGUUGGUGGAACUCUCUACAGUGGGAUCUGCCGAGAGGGAGAACAGCUUGUUGUUGGCCCAACUGAUGAUGGAAAAUUCCUGGGAUUGAAAGUUUGCAGCAUUCAGCGGAACCGCUCAGCCUGCAGGGUUCUACGAGCUAGACAGGCCGCCACCCUCGCCCUGGGAAAUUUUGACAGAUCACUCCUCAGGAAGGGAAUGGUGAUGGUGAGCCCAGAGAUGAAACCAACCAUAUGCUGGAUGUUUGAAGCAGAGAUUGUACUUCUGUUCCAUGCCAAAACUUUCCGGAAAGGUUUCCAAGUCACUGUCCAUGUCGGGAAUGUCCGGCAAACCGCAAUCGUUGAGUACUUGCACGGGAAGGAUGAAUUGCGAACAGGUGAGAAGGCAGUGGUGCGGUUCAAGUUCAUUAAACACCCUGAGUAUUUGAAAGUUGGAGCCAAGCUACUGUUCCGGGAAGGAGUUACUAAAGGGAUCGGACACGUUACAAACCUGCAUCCAGUGUUGAUAAAUCAGAAUCAUUCUUUAGAAGAGUGAAGGCCAUACCAGCUUAUCAGUAUGAAACACUCUGGAUUCAGCGUCAAGGAGGACAAUGAGGGUCCCGCUUUCGCAGCGCAUCUCCCUAAUUGUUUGCUUUCUUGACAAUUUAUGGGGUCAGGCUGUGGUGUGUCUUUAUAUUUGCUGCUCAAUUUAAAGAAAAAAAUAGAUUUGUAAUGCCCCCCCCCCCCCCCUUAUUUUUAUAUUCCUGUUUUUAAAUAAGGUCACAUUUUAAGGAGCUUUUCUUUUAUUUCUAAGUUUUAAAUUUGAACAAACUAAGCAACCAAAGUCGGAGAGAGCCUUGCAUCCUCCAGACUUGGGCCAUUUGGUGGUUCUUGUUUUGCAGCCCUUCCAUCCCCGUUCUCCUUUUCAAAUCAAGGCCAGCAUUGUCACUCCCAUGCGUUCUUAUAUUAGCUGAAAAGUCUGGAGUUGAGCAGAGAGGGAGAAGUAAAAUUAUAAUCGGUCCAAUAGCAGUAUUGAGGCACGUAGCUGUUCCACUCACCUGGGUACCACUUGAACUAUGGCUGCACUGAACGAUUUCAUUUGCAGCUUGUCUUGACAUCGCUGCUUAUUCAUUUCAGGCUUGUAAUCAGUGACAUCUAUAAAAGAGUAAAACAUAGACUUUCAACUACACACAGUAUAUCUACAUAUUUUUUAAUCAUGCAUAUUUCAGUUCUUUUAAAUUGCAAAACUGUAGAGUAGGUUGUCUUAUAAAAUGCAUUUUAGAAAGAUGUUUCUCAGCAGUUCAGUUGAAGGAGAAUAAUCAAGUGGCAAAUAUACUGCAACCGUAAAGAGACGGGGGGUAAAAAACCAAAGCGGAGUUUCCUGAGAGGGCCACCUUAGUCAAACCCAGUUAGCCAGGACUUCAAGAAUCGGACUUGUUCUCCUUUCUUCAUUCACAAACUAAAUUGGCAGAAAUACAAAAGCAUUAAAUGGGGCAUUUUUGCAGAUCUGCCCCUCUAAUUUUAGUUCAUUCUAGCAAGACAGCAAAACACUUCGAGAGUACAGCACUGACUUAAAUCGUAGCGAGUCACAAUGUCAACUCCAGUUAGUCACUGUGGUAGGAGUGCAUUGUCUUAAAUGGUGCUAUUCUUCUACAAACGUCACUUGCAUGUAAAAAGUUGAACCAUUUGGGUUUAAAACUGGUUGGGUUUUUUGUUUUUUAAUAGAAUCUGGAUGUUCAUUUUUUCACUCUUUUGUAUAAAUUGUGAAAUCUUGGUUGCAUGUCUGUCUCUCCUCUAGUCCGGCUUCAAAAGUCAUUCACUGGGUUUUCAGCAGUCCCACCCUGUUGUGUAAAAGUUGCUAACUAUAAAACAACCGUCAGCUGAUGCCAGUUUUCUGCGCUCACUUGAGAAGUUGUUUCCACUGUGUGGAUGAGAAAAGGAUCAGACGCUUCAGUUGAGUAGUUGGAGCUGAAGGCAAAUCAUCAGUGGCCUCGGUUAGCAGAACGCAUUUGCUAACCCGCCACAUUGCUGUUUUAAACGGUCUGUACAGACGGCAGCCAUCUUCUAAUUAAGUACAAGUAAAAGUCCGAGAGACACUGGCAUUGCUUGUUUGAAGUAUAAAUCCUUCCAUCCUAAUUCCAAGGUGAUCCGCGGUCACGUUAUUUGAUGUUGCCUUUGAAAAUGAACACCAGUUUAUGUACAAAUGAGUUGUGUAUAUAUAAUGUACAUAAUAAAUUUUUAUUCAUCUUCUUC